AUGUCCGCCACGGCCGAUUUCGACGGCGACAGGCUCUCCAAGAAGGAGACCGCCGCCACCGUCGCUGACAAGCUCUCCAAGAAGGAGACGUUGGGCAACGUCCAGCUCCGCCAUCAUGAGACAAACGAGAUCAUUCUCGUGCCGACUCCGACUAGCGACCCCAACGAUCCCCUCAAUUGGUCGAAAGCCUAUCGCCUAUACAUUGCCGGCCUCGUCUCCGUCACCAUCUUCCUGAGCAACUUCCUCGCCGCCGGCCCGUCGGUCGCCAUCGUCGAGAUUGCCAUGGACUUCUUCGGCGACUCGGACCUCGGCCUCAGCGGCAGCAUCGCCAAGGUCUCGUACUUCUUCACCACGACUGCCCUCCUCCAGGGCAUGGGAAAUUUGAUUUGGAUGCCCGUCAUGAUCAAGUAUGGACGACGCCCGCUCUACAUCUUCACCUUUGCUCUGUACACUGCCACGGCAGGAUGGGCCGGCGCUCCUACUUCGUAUGGGAGUGUGUUGGCUGCUCGCAUCCUGAUGGGCUUUGCCAACGGCGCAGCUGAGUGUUUGGCUCCGUUGACCAUCUCCGACAUUUUCUUCCUGCACGAAAGAGGAACCAUCAUGGCUCUUUACACUGCUUCGCUGUCCGCAGGUGUUGGUGGCGGUAUCGUCAUCGCCGGCCUCAUCACCAUCCACCUGCACUGGCGCUACAUCUACUACAUCUCGACCGCUUUGAUCGGUGCCUGCACCAUCCUGAUCUUCUUUACCCUCCCCGAGACCCAAUAUCGACGUGCCGCUGCCAAUGCUGCCGCCGAGGCCCGCUCAGACAAACUAAGCGCUCCCGCCAAGAACGAAGACGACGCCGAAGUUGCCUACUCGGAAGUUGCGUCUCAGCAAGAAGCCGACAUCCCCAAGAGGCGCACGUGGGUCCAGGAGCUGCGCAUCUUCACCGGUACCUACACUAAUGAGAGCGUUUUGAAACUCAUUAUCCGACCGGUUGUGUUGCUGGCUCUGCCCCCGGUGCUCUGGGCAACCCUGGUCAUGUCUGUGACCAUUGGAUUCCUCGUGGCCAUCACCUCCAACUUCUCCAGCGCUUUCCAAACCGUCUAUGGCUUCAAGGCUUACCAGGCGGGGCUCUGCUUCAUCGCCUCCAUCAUCAGCUCGUUAAUUGGUGUCUUCUUCGGAGGACACCUGGGCGAUAUGGUUGCCGACUACUUCACUAAGCGGAACGGGGGUAUCCGAGAACCCGAGAUGCGUCUGCCUGCCAUGAUGAUAUCUCUAGUGACCGGGCCCCUGGCCCUUGUGCUUUACGGAGUGGGUAUUGGCAAGACUCUGCACUGGAUUGUGCCUACCAUUGGAUUGGGUCUUUUGAACUUUUCCAUUGUCCAGGCUACCAACAUCAGUCUUGUCUAUACCAUCGACGCCUAUCGCCCAGUGGCUGGUGAAGUCACCGUUUCGCAGUUUGCCUUCAAGUCUGCCUUUGGUUUCCUGCUUUCCUUCUACACCAACCCAUGGAUCGCCAAGAGUGGCUACGUGACAGCUUUCGGCUCAAUGGCAGGCAUUUCGGCUGCCGUUAUUUCGUUCUGGGUCGUCUUCUACUUCUUCGGCAAGCGCAUCAGACACGCUACGUGGGAGUGGGGUUUCGUAGAGAAGCUGGUGCACUGGCACGAUGAUCGCGAGGUUGGCGAAUAA